AUGGUCGAACUGCGAAAGGUGCUCGGGGAAAUGUCCCUCGCCAAUGAGCAGCUUCGGGCCAUGGUGAAGGAGCUGCAGCAAGAGCUGGUGAUGCUGCGACAGCGUACCGUGGCCAACGAAGAUAUGGCCCGGGAGGAGCGGAAGCUGGCCCGCGAAGAAUUUAAGCUGGCGCAAGAGAAAUUCCACCAGGAGCUGCAGUGGAAUAAGGACCAGGCCCGCCAGUGGUAUGAAGAGACGCAGCGUCUCAGAGGCGAGCUGGCAAAGGAGACUGCGUGCCACCAGGAGUUGCUGGCACAGAUGCUUGGUUGCGGCGGUAACCAAGCUCUGCAACCGCAGCAGCAGGUGACAUCGCAGAGCUCCCUGCAGCAACCGCAACAGCAGCAACAACAACAGCAGCAGCAGCGGAUGACGUAUGCUAACGUGGCGGCCGAGACAUCCGGCACGCAGGCUUCCCAGGGCGGUUCUUGGACGGUGGUGGGGCCUCGUAAAGCACCGCAGAAGUCGCAGCAGCAACAACAACAGCAGCAGCUGGCCAAGCCGCGACCACAAUCUGCGGCGGCGAAGCAUUCGUUGGUGAACCCGGACAUGGUCGAACUGCGAAAGGUGCUCGGGGAAAUGUCCCUCGCCAAUGAGCAGCUUCGGGCCAUGGUGAAGGAGCUGCAGCAAGAGCUGGUGAUGCUGCGACAGCGUACCGUGGCCAACGAAGAUAUGGCCCGGGAGGAGCGGAAGCUGGCCCGCGAAGAAUUUAAGCUGGCGCAAGAGAAAUUCCACCAGGAGCUGCAGUGGAAUAAGGACCAGGCCCGCCAGUGGUAUGAAGAGACGCAGCGUCUCAGAGGCGAGCUGGCAAAGGAGACUGCGUGCCACCAGGAGUUGCUGGCACAGAUGCUUGGUUGCGGCGGUAACCAAGUGACAUCGCAGAGCUCCCUGCAGCAACCGCAACAGCAGCAACAACAACAGCAGCAGCAGCGGAUGACGUAUGCUAACGUGGCGGCCGAGACAUCCGGCACGCAGGCUUCCCAGGGCGGUUCUUGGACGGUGGUGGGGCCUCGUAAAGCACCGCAGAAGUCGCAGCAGCAACAACAACAGCAGCAGCUGGCCAAGCCGCGACCACAAUCUGCGGCGGCGAAGCAUUCGGCGAAGAAGAAAUUGGUGCGUACGAACGAGCAACUGGCCGAAGUACAACGGCAAAUUGGUGUCGGGAAGCGAACGCCAAAUGAUACGUUGAAGCUGCCGCUAAGCCGCGACGUGGACAGUGAAGAACUGUGCCAACGGAUUCGCGUGGCCAUUGGCGAAUUGGGAGAAGCAUCCGUCCGCACGGAAAUGUCACAAGUGUUGGUGACCAACAUAGACUGCUUGGCGGACGAGCAACAGCUGCGUCGGGCGAUGCUGACGGAGCUCGGCAAGGAGUUCAUGAUGGCAACUAUCGACAUGUGGGAGCGGCGUGACGGUACGAAGCGUGCGCGA